CUCACUCUGACUCCUCGCGCUGCAAAGAAGCCCACCGCCGACAUGUCGCAGUACGUCCUGGCAGUCCACCUGCAGGUCCUGCUGGCCGUGCUCCUGGCCGUGGUCUGCUACUGCCUGGUGCUCGCCGUCCUUCUCUGCUGCCGCCGGAAGAAGGCGCCGCCCACGGAGGACGCGGAGGCGUCCGGCGCCUUCCCUCGUCCCGGCGAGCGGGUCACCGUGACCUUGACCCCGGCGUUGUGCACCCGGCCCGUCAGGCAGCAGUACGAAGAGCUGGACGGGGACGUGCUGGACUUCACGUCCUCUAAAAGCAGCUCCUCCCCGUCUGAGGACGACCUCAGCGAUCUGCCCUUUGACCCCAGCCCCACCAGGUCGGUCAGUCUCCCCCCCGAGAGUUUGUCCCCACUGCGCCGCCUCAGCUCUCCGGUUUUCCCAUCCGUGUCCCGGGGCAGCUCCAGUCCCAGCCGGGCGUCUCUGCCGUCCCUCACUAAGCUGGUACCCAAAUCCCGCUGGACCAGGGGUCGGCGCAGCACCGUGAGCGGGGAAACUCUGGCGACCACGCAGCAGGGGGCGCCCUCGCCAUCACAGUACGGCUCCACGGCGUCCUCCGUCCCCGCCAAGGCCGCCCGCUUGCUGCACUUCUCCCUGCUCUACUCGGCAUCCGGCACCCUGGUGGUCAACAUCCUGGGACUUACGGGGGCCGGGCGGAGGCGCAGCAGCCGGGUGUCGGUGCGGGCCAGCCUUCCGCCCGUCUGCCCCGGGCCUCAGCGGGUGGUCUCCCGGCGCCGCAGCCUCAACCCGGAGAUGCAGAGCCAGAGCUUGGUCCUGCAAGUGGGCUCUGUGGACGAGCUGCGGGGGUGCACGCUGAGACUGGACGUCUACGGCCGCGACUUCUCUGGCCUGAGAGAGGUGGGGCUGGGGGCGGUGGAGCUGCCCUGUCAGCACCUGGACUGGAACCCCGACACCACAGAGACCUGCACCCGCCAGCUCAGCCCACCAAAAACCAAACUCAAGAAGAGCGUGAGCUCGCAGGACACGUCGUCGGGCAGGAAGACGUCGCUCUGCACGCCGUCGCCAUGGCGACCUUUGGGCCAGCUCCUGGUGCUGCUUCAGUACCAGUCGCUGGCACGCCGCAUCAAGGUGAUGGUACGCAAGGCCCGGAGCCUGGCCAAGCUGACCCGUAUCCCUGGAGCUCCAGAUCACUACGUGGUCAUCAAUCUGCAUCACGGUGGAGAAAUGAUCGGCACCAAAGAGACCAAAGGCGCCGCAGGUUCGAAUCCCGUUUGGAACGCUCCCUUCUUGUUUGACCUGCCGCCUGGCAACGUGGCUCAGUUGCCGAUGCUACUGGAGUUCAUCGUCAUGCAGGGUCGCCUCUACACCAAGAGCAGCAUUCUGGGUCGCGUGCUGAUUGGCAGCCAUGUUUUGGAGGCGGAGCAAGGACACUGGAAGGACAUGUGCAGCCGAGAGCCGGCAGAGACCGCCCACUGGCACGCCGUCCAAUCAGAAGCUCAGUAGACUACUUCCUGUGUUUGUCUUCGGGCGCCGCUCUUUAUUCCUCUCAUCGUCAUGAAGUUUGACUACAGCAGCGACAAAAACAUUCAUUUCAACUUUGCUCUUUUGUUUAUGUUUGAAGUUGUCAACUGGACUGUUAGCAGAACAAUUACACACUUUUCACACACAUGCAACAAUAUUCCAACUAUUUCAGCAACCGCACUCCCGCACAGCUGAAAUGAACAAAGUGCUACAAAACAUUCAAUAACACAAUACCUGAUAUCAUUUAUCCUGAAUGUAGUCAUUUAUUAUUAUUACAAUGUGUUCAAUUAUUUUUGUUUAAUGACAACCAAUAUGUCCUAUAUCACUUAUUAAUUGAUGUAUUAUUAUUAAUGACCACUGUAGUAUCUGAUAUCAUUCUUCCGGAAUUUAUUUAUUUGCUGUUAUAAAAUGACAACCACAGUCUAUGACAUCAUUUAUCUUUAUUUUUAUUCAUUUACUGUACUUUU